GCGAGCAAAAUUAAGGACCCGAGAAUGCAUAGGUCCUUUAUAGACUUAGCGUUAUUUACUGUGCUUGUUUUGUAGAGGCAUGAUGACGGCGUCCAAGUGUUUGUUUGUGGCAGUUUGCUGGAUUCUAAUGGCGAAUGGAGGCGCCCUGUGUCCAGACGGUUACUGUCGCCACUCGGACGGCUGUUACCGGACAGUGGCACUCAAUGUCACGUGGAUAGACGCGCGAUCAUACUGCGAGGUGUUGGGAGGGCAUCUCCUGUCCCCUGUGUCCCAGUCCAUGGCAGCUGCGGCAGAGGGCGCUCUCCGUAGAAUGAAAGGCACCAUUUUCCCUGGCAAGUUCUGGAUUGACAUCACGGAUCUGUUGAACCCAAAGGAUUGGAAGAGGAUGAGCGACAAGAAGGCGCUCAACUUCACGAAUUGGGAUACCACUUCAGGGACUGUGACCUCAGAGGAGAGCGCCCGGAACUGUGUGUACAUGGCUGAGUCUCAGGAUUACAGAUGGGUGGCUGCUUCCUGUAUUGAUACGAUAAAUUUCCUCUGCUACCAUGCCGGACUGCCACCAACCACAGAGAGAUACUUUGUUGGUACAACGCGGGUCUAUAAGAACCGUUAUGGAUGGACCAAUGAAGACAUCUACGAACGUAGGGACAUAAGUCCACCAGACGUGUACUGCUGAGAAAUAACACCUGCAAUGUUCAUCCAUAAACUCUUAAUGUUUAUUUUUAUUGUUUUGUUUCGGCAAAGAAUAUGCAAAAUAUACUCGGCUCUAUGUAUUGUUGUGUUCAUGUAUGUUUGUUUGGCUGUUUUGACGUGUUAAUACAGUUUUAGUCGUGUUAUGAUGUACAGUAAAUGUAUCAACCUGGUCAAGCUAAGCUAAUAUUUAGUUCUUCAAGUAUAUUGCCAACACCAGAUUGGUAUGGUAACUGACCACUACUUUCUUGUAUCAUCCGCUGACGACGACGUAGUGAGACGAGGAAGGCCUUAGAAUUAUUUUCAGAAUUCUUUGAACGUAUUGUUGUUUGUAUUUCUCUCUUUACUGAACACUUAUAACAUGAUCGGUUGUGAAUGGAAUUUGAUAGCGUUGUCGAUAUGUUUGUUUUGUCAUACGUGUUUUGAAGUGAUUAAACAUAUUCACAUUACAAAAAUGUGCUUUCAGUGUAAUGCAUUU